AUGAUGAAAGAAUACUAUUGUCAGUACACUGAGCAAGUACGAAAGAAACGCAAAGCGUGGCAUGACGGGAAACUCAAAUACUCAACUUUGAAUAAUCGGUUUACCUUAUAUUCAUUGGAAGACGGUCAAAAAGCAGUAAGCAGUGCUUGUGUUACUAGUAGUAAAUAUGUUGAGAGAUUCCUCUCACCCAGUGGGUUUAACGCUGAUGAACACAGGAUCUUUAAUAAAUUCAUAGUCAUAAUAACUGAAAUGAUUGGUGGUAAACAGGAAGAUGCGUUCCAGAACGAAAAGGAUACACUGACAGAACAUACGAGCCAUAAGGCUCUGGUUCCUAUUGGUAAAAAUAGGGAAACAAAGACCCACUUCGAUUCAGGCAAGAGUUUGCUAUCCUUGAAGAUAAACAAGCCAUUUAAGCCGCCCACAAAACUUCUAUCAGAAACUCAAGCGGUAAAUAGACCAAGCAUUCGAGGUCAGCCCAAGCAAAUGAAGGAGGUAGAGAAAAGGGGAAAGAUACGAAAAAUUACUCAUCACCCCAUUCAUUUAUAA